UUAUCAAUUCAUUUCAGACAAGAAUUCACACUAGAAAUUGAUGUGACGAGCAUUUUUUUACUUACUUACGGAGAAAUUGGUAUAAAUCGUCAUCAUUUCUGGGGAUUUUCCAUUUUCCAUCAAUUUUGUCAAUUUUUUUUUUAUUUAAAUUAAUUAAUAGUUAUAAAUGAAUGGGUCACAAGUAGGGUACAGUUAUUAAAAGUUUUAUUAAGACAACACUGCCAAAAUUUUAAAAGUUUCGGUGUUUUAAUUUUGACACUAGUGACAUUUGUGCAACAUAACCUCAAAAAGUGUGGGGACGCCGCAAUGGCAAUUCGCACUUUCGGUGAAAAACCGAUAACUUUUCAAUUGGAAGAAAAUGGGGAGUAUUAUUGCGUUGGUUCCGAAGUGGGAAACUACCUGCGCCUGUUCAGGGGUUCCCUCUACAAGAAGUACCCUGGAAUGUACCGAAGAUCAAUCACAAACGAGGAACGCAAACGUCUCAUCGAAUUAGGUUUAAGUCAGCACGUUUUAGCCAGUAGUGUGUCAUUGCUUCGUGCAUCGGAAGUGGAAGAUAUCAUCGAGGGAAAUGACGAAAAGUAUAAGGCUGUCUCGGUACACACAUCCGAUCCACCGAUGCCACGAGAAAGCAAAUCAAAGAAAUCGAUGCAAUGGGUACCGUCACUUCCCAAUUCCAGUCAUUUAGACGCUGUGCCCCAAGCAACCCCCAUUAAUAGGAAUAGAGUAGCGGCGAAGAAAGUCAGGACGUUUCCAUUGUGUUUCGACGAUACUGAUCCAGAUUUGAACAUGCAAAAUGCCGCACAAGGGGAGCUGCUAGUCCCCAUAAGGCUGGACAUGGAGAUUGAGGGGCAGAAGCUGAGGGACACCUUCACAUGGAACAAAAACGAGAGCCUCAUCACCCCUGAGCAGUUCGCGGAGGUCCUCUGCGACGACCUCGACCUCAACCCGCUGACCUUCGUCCCGGCAAUCGCCCAAGCCAUCCGCCAACAACUGGACGCAUUCCCGGCCGAACCUUCAGGAAUCAUCGAGGAGGGUUCCGAUCAACGUGUCAUUAUCAAACUCAACAUCCACGUGGGUAACACUUCUCUAGUUGAUCAAGUUGAAUGGGACAUGUCCGAGAAACAAAACAAUCCGGAAGAAUUUGCUUUGACUCUUUGUUCUGAGCUGGGUUUGGGUGGUGAAUUCGUCACAGCGAUUGCGUAUUCUAUCAGAGGUCAAUUGUCGUGGCAUCAGAGGACUUACGCCUACAGCGAGGCCCCCUUGCCUACAGUGGAGGUGCCUUUCAGGACACCGAGCGAAAGCGACCAAUGGGCCCCGUUCUUGGAAACCCUCACCGAUGCAGAAAUGGAGAAGAAGAUCAGGGAUCAAGACAGGAACACAAGGAGGAUUCGGAGAUUGGCGAACACGACUCCUGGAUGGUAACAAGUAUGGAAUAAGUUUUAAAACAUGUCCCUUAUAAUAAAAUUUCAUACAAAUGGCAUUUUAUGACAAAACUUAACAACACGAAACAUUGAACAAGCAUCAAAUAAAUUAAACAAAACAUAA